AUGGAUUUCAACACCUCCCAGGCAGCAGUGCUGACGGAGUUCUUCCGCCAAGGAGACGUGGAGAAGAGCCGCGGCGAUCUGCCGCCCAUCAUCAUGGACCGAGAGAAGUGCUUCAUCCCCGACCUCGAGAUACAGUUUCUGCAGACCACGUGCAUCCCGCUUUUUGACACUUUAGCAAGAAUCAUACCCAAAGCGGGAACGUGUGUCAAGAUUAUUGAGAAUCACAUCGAAAGGUGGGAGGCGGCGAAACCUAUAUUUAGCGAGGUGCCGACUACAGCGGGUCUGUCAGUGCUUUUGAGUCCAGAAUUAGAUAAUCUGAUUGAGCUUAAUAUGAAAGAGAAAGAGAGAUUGCGUUUGGAGGCAGAGGCCGAAGGAAAUGCCGAAAACUAAACUAUUUAUAUUUAUUUUAGGCGCUACUAAAAAAAUUCUAGUUUGUUUUUUUGU